AUGCGGGUACUUAUCCUGUUCAACCCACGCAACCAUAAUCAGAAAAAACUCAACCUCGCCCACUUGAUAUUCUCUACAUUAAUUGUGUUUUCAAUCGUCUCUUCUACAGUAUUAAUGAUGGCAAAGUUGAGGAGACGCAAAUUGUUAAGCACCAGUUCCCGCCCAUUCCACCGUACGAAAGCGGAAACCACGCUGACAGUUACCAUGUUUAUAAUUAUGAUCCCGGCGUUUUUUGCGCAGAUUUUGUCGGCGGCAAGUCUUAUCGGUUGGCAAUAUUACUCAUACAUCCUUAUCGCCCGACCGCUUCUUUUGGAUUGUCGAGUCAACGUCGUCUCGUGCUAUUUCUAUUUGACGCAUCCGAUUUUUAAGAAGAACAAAAAUAUGAUUCCGCCGAUUACUUCUGUGAGAUCAAUGAAUACUACUACCACUUGCUGA